UAUUAGAAUCAUAUGAUUAUUUGUUUUAUAAGAAUUUUCUUUUGAAUUUUUAGUUAAUUGUUAUUUUUAUCAUUUUAUCUUUUAAAUGUCAAUUAUUUGACAAGUAAAAUGCAAGUGGCCGAAGUGAAUGAUGUAAAAACUUAUAAUUUAAGCCAGGGAAAAACGAUUCCCGAAUGGCUUUCAGAUCGAAAACGGCGUCUGCUGCUAAAAAAAGAUGUUGAUCUUCGACGACGAAUUCAAUUGAUACAAGAUUUCGAUAUGCCCAUAGUUAGCAAUACAGUGAAUGUAUCACCAGAUGGACAAUAUAUCAUUGCGACGGGUGUUUAUAAACCAAGAAUUCGAUGUUUUGAUGUUGAACAGUUGGCGAUGAAAUUCGAAAGGUGUUUAGAUUCUGAAGUGAUCAAAUGCAUUAUCCUCUCUGAAGAUUAUGGAAAAUUAUUAUUAUUAGAAGCGGAUCGAUGGAUCGAAAUUCAUUCGCAAGCUGGGUUUUAUUUUAAAACACGCAUACCGAAAUUUGGUCGUGAUAUUGCCUACAAUUCUGCCACAUGUGACGCUUUGUUUGUUGGCAAUAGUUCGGAAAUAUAUCGCCUUAAUUUGAGUGUGGGUACAUUUUUGAAACCAUUCGAGACAAAUUGUUCAACAUUGAAUGCAAUAUCAAUUAAUCCCGAACAUAAUCUAAUCGUUGUUGGCUCACAAGAAGGUUUUGUCGAAGCUUGGGAUCCACGAGUUCGUGAAAGAGUUGGCACAUUAGAUUGUGCUCUGGAAAGUUUGCGUAAUGAUCCUGCAAAAGUGAGCGAAAUUCCAUCAAUCACCACAAUUAAGUAUCGUGAUGGUCUAACGAUGGGCGUUGGAACAUCUAAUGGUCAGAUAUUACUAUACGAUAUUCGUGCCAAUAAACCAUUCUUAAAUAAGGAUCACAUGUAUGGCCUACCAAUCAAGACUAUUGAAUUUAUCGAUGGUCCUUUGAAUCUAGUUGCAACACUUGAUGCUAAAAUAAUCAAACUAUGGAAUCGAAAUGAUGGCACACCAUUCACCGCUAUUCAAGCGGACAAUGAUCUCAAUAUGUUAGCAGCAUAUCCUAAUUCGGGCAUGAUGUUCGUAGCAAAUGAAUCACCAAAAAUUUUAACCUAUUACAUACCAGCUGUUGGUCCGGCACCAAAAUGGUGUUCAUUUUUGGAUCGUAUUACCGAAGAAUUGGAAGAAUCAAAUGAUAAUGUCAUAUAUGAUGAUUAUAAAUUCGUUACCGAACAUGAAUUAGAAGAACUUGGUCUUAGUGAUUUGAUUGGCACAAAUCUAUUGCGAGCUUAUAUGCAUGGAUUUUUUAUAGAUAUGCGAUUAUAUCGCAAAGCUUUAGAGAUAUCCAAACCGUUUGUUUAUGAAGAAUAUCGCAAACAGAAAAUUAAGGAAAAAAUCGAUUCUGAACGUAUUGAUCGUGUACAGAUUACGGAUAAAUUACCAAAAGUGAAUCGUUUAUUAGCGGAAAAAUUAAUGGUGGCGGAAAAAGAAAUGGAAGAGAAGAAGAAACAAAAUAAAACAGUUAAAUACAAACCUAAUCCUCUAAAAGAUGAUCGAUUUUCUGCAUUAUUUGAUGAUCCAAAUUUUGAAAUCGAUGAAACAAGUGAUGAAUUUCGUCUUUUGAAUCCAGUAUUAUCACGAUUAACAAAAAAUAAUUCGAAAUCAACUAUUGUCAAUGAUGAUGAUGAUGGACAAACUAAACCAAUCUAUGCUGAUAUAUUUGAAGAAGAUGAUGUCCUCGAUGAUAGUACAACGGAUUCGGAUGAAGAUCUAAUAUUCGAUACAAAACAUAAAGAUGAAGAUGAAAAGAAAAAUAAACAUGAAAAAUUUUCAGAUAGUGAUGACGAUGAUUAUAAUGAUGAUGAUGAUGAUGAUGAUAGCGAACACGAACAGGAAAAAAGUACUGUACCAAAACGAACAGUGAAAACAAAAUUAUAUCAUCUUAAAUCGGGAAAAACUUUUGAUGAUCUUUAUAGCAAAAAUAGGAAUAGCAAUAACCAUCAUAAUGAUGAUAAUCAACAAAUUGAACGUCAAACAUUUGAACAACGAUUGAAACAUUUAGAAAAAGAAAAUAAAAAUAACCGAUUGUUACAAGGUAGUAGUGGUGGUAUUAAUGGGAAUCGUAUCAUGACAUUUGUUCCAAGACAACAACAACGAAAAACAAACCUAGAUGAAGAACAAAAAGUUAACAAUAAUCGUCAAAUUGAACAUAGAAAACAGCGAAAAAAAUUGGUGAGAAAAACUACGGGAUUAAAAUUCAAUAAAAAUGUUUUUUGAUGAGAAAAAAAAACACUGAAUGUUCUCACACAACAAAAUGACAAAUAC